AUGGUAGCACAGGCGAAGACACCUCUCCAGGUGAUUGUUGUUGGUUGGAAGAAAGUUUUGACGCUGAUGGAUACAGGAAUUGGUGGCAUGGCAGCAGCUCUGACUUUGGGGUCAAAAGGACACCAUGUCAUAAUUCUGGAAUCUGCUCCGAAACUCCUGGAGGUCGGUGCCGGUAUUCAAGUUUCCCCGAAUAUGUUACGGAUUUUUGACCGCUGGGGCGUAUCUCCGUUAAUUCACUCUAAAGACGUUGCCCUGGAGCAUAUCCAUGUCCGCCGGUGGCAAGACGGUAGUCUUUUAGGGACGAUGCCCGUAAACAAGACAUACGGUCAGCAGGUAGUUAUUCAUCGUGCAGAUCUCCAUAACGCCCUAAUUGAGCGAGCGCUGGUGCUACCAAAUGUGGAACUUCGAGUAAACUCGACCGUCACCGAUGUUCAAUUUGACCCAGCAUCUGUGACGUUAGCCGAUGACACUGUUAUCCAAGGGGAUAUUGUGAUAGCAGCUGACGGCAUUAAAUCUACCAUCCGCGGCCACCUACUUGGCGAGGACACGCCCUCUAAGGCCAUCCCAACAGGCGAUGCAGCCUAUCGGAUCAUGUUGCCACGAAGCGCGAUGGAAAAAGAUCCAGAAUUGAGAAAACUAGUGGACGAGCCACAAGCAACUCGUUGGCUCGGUCCUGAGCGCCACAUCAUUGCCUAUCCCGUUCGCAAGCAUGAGCUCUUCAACGUGGUACUACUUCAUCCGGAUGGACAUGGCGUGGAGGAGUCGUGGACCACCAAAGGUUCGAAGGAAGAAAUGGUUGACAACUAUCGCGGCUGGGAUCGAAGGGUGCGGAAGCUCAUUGACUUAGUCGCGGAAGAUGAAGUUCUUGAGUGGAAGCUCUGUUUGCAUUCUCCAUUGAAAACUUGGAUUAAAGGUAGUGUGGCGUUAAUUGGUGACGCUUGCCAUCCUAUGCUGCCAUACGUCGCUCAAGGCGCCGCGCAGGCUGUCGAAGAUGCUGCCGCCCUAGGUGUCCUUUUAUCAACAAUUUCAUCCAAAAAUGAAAUUCCUAUGGCCCUCCAGGCGUACGAAAAGUCCCGGAAACAACGCGCGGAGACAGUUCAGCAGUCCGGCUCGGCGAACCGUAUCACGCUGCAUCUUCCUGACGGGCCAGAACAGCAGGCUCGAGACGAGCAGUUCCGUCUAUCGAUGACCGGCGGGUCUAAUCCUGAUCGAUGGACAGAUCGUGAAACGCAGAAUUUCUUAUGGGGAUGGGAUGCCGAGAAAGCUGCCCUGGAGGCCUGGAAUGAAAUACGUGAUGAGAAUGUGCUUGAACCGCGUCAUCACUUGUAG